GGGCUCAGCCUUCCUUUUACCCUUCACUCGAGAACCCAAAAUCGACCGGCUCAAUCCGAAGAAGGAAGGAAAGAGAGAAAGAAGCUCCCGUCGAGAUCGAUCGAUUUGAUGAAUGGUGAAGGAGAUGAGAUGGAUGAGAACGGAAAGGAUGUCGAGAGGAAGGAGAAGGCCGUGCUGAUGUGGGGGUAUUUGCCCGGAGUCUCGCCUCAGAGAUCGCCGCUGCUGUCGCCGGCGGAGGUCUCGAUGCCGGAAUCUGCGGCCGGAGAUUCUUGGAGGGAUGUUUGUGGCGGCGGCUGUGGGUUUGCUAUGGCUGUUUCUGAAUCAGGCAAACUUUAUACAUGGGGUUCAACAGAUGAUAUGGGUCAGAGUUACGUGGCGGCAGGAAAACACGAGGAAAUCCCAGAAGCAUUUCCUUUGCCAAAUGAAGCAACAAUCGUGAGGGCAGCAGCAGGAUGGGCUCACUGUGUGGCAGUAACAGCUCAGGGAGAAGUUUACACAUGGGGUUGGAAGGAAUGUGUUCCAUCUGGGAAGUCUAUUGGAGACCAAUCAAUGGGGGAAUCGUCAGAAAAGGAUGAAAAACAGAGUAGCUUGCUGAAUGACCAAGUGAGCCCUAGAUCACAUGUUUCUGGCACCAAAUCACAUGCUUCAGGAACAAGUAUCGGGACAGUAUCUAGCCAAGAAAGCAGCAAAAUUGGAGAGGAAAGUAUAAAGCGUAGGAGAGUAUCAUCAGCAAAACAAGUCCCCGAAAGCUCGAGUUCUGGUGAUGAAGCUCUGUCAGCACCUCCAUGUUUGGUGACACUCAAUUCAGGAGUAAGGAUCACCGCUGUUGCAGCUGGAGGAAGGCAUACACUCGCUUUGUCAGAUGCAGGUCAGGUGUGGGGUUGGGGCUAUGGAGGGGAAGGGCAACUUGGUCUGGGUUCCCGUGUUCGUAUGGUUUCAUCUCCUCAUCCUGUACCUUGUGUUGAGUCAGCUGCGCAUGGUAAGGACAAAUCGGCAGCACCUACAAAAGCAAAUGCAAAUUCCGAUGGACAGAUCUUUACAGUGAUUGGGCGUCGUGUGAAAGCUAUCACAUGUGGAGGUCGCCAUAGUGCUGUUAUUACAGAUACAGGAGCGAUUCUUACUUUUGGUUGGGGACUUUAUGGACAGUGUGGCCAAGGAAGUACAGAUGAUGAGCUGAGCCCAACGUGUGUGCCGUCGCUUUUGGGAGUGAAGAUUGAAGGAAUUGCUGCUGGUCUAUGGCAUACUGUAUGUAUAUCAGCUGAUGGAGAUGUGUAUUCAUUUGGUGGAAACCAGUUUGGGCAACUGGGAACUGGCUCUGAUCAGGCUGAGACUAUUCCGAGACUUUUGGAAGCUCAGUGUUUGGAAGAAAAGAAGGCUAAAGUGGUCUCCUGUGGAGCACGGCACAGUGCUAUAAUCACAGAGGAUGGUGGUGCAUAUUGUUGGGGAUGGAACAAGUAUGGCCAGCUUGGGUUGGGAGAUUCAGUUGAUAGAAGCACGCCAGCACAAGUUCCCACUGACAUGCAUCACUUAACAAAUAUUUCUUGUGGCUGGUGGCAUACGUUAGCACUUUCGGAGUCCCCUCCAUGAAGCCGGAUUUGUUCUUGGCAGUGUUCUGAAUACACAAUUUUGGUAGGAAACGUGUGACCAGUUCUUCGUAUGCAGGGGGCUUAGCCGCUUAGGGGGGGGAAGUCGGCGAUAAAAUUGCAUGGAUUGUAGCAUAUUUAAGCUAUUUUUCUGUAGGCCAUAAAAGUUGCUGCUAGCAAUUGCACGCUGUACAAUUUAGUGAGUGAAUGUUUCAUUGUUGUACAUACAUGUACCAUUGGCUCCAUAGUUGUGGCAUGUCGUAUUUGUAUUUAGUGCGACUGUGUUACGAAUAUAAGAUUUGCCAAAUUUCUAAGGUUGAUAACAUAAAAUCUCUGGUUUUUAA